UUUUUUUUUUUUAAAGAAAAUUACGAAUUUUGAAGUAAAGGUUAAAUAUUUAAUUUAGCAGUUCAGUAGGUUUGGCACUACAGUGGCUGAGAUAUUGCUGCAUAGUGCAGUGCAUUUUGCGAUGUGCUGCGCACAGUGUCGCUGUUCUCCAAGAAACGCAUUUAUUUCACAUCUCUCCAUUACACUCAUUCCGGAGAUGGUGGAUCAGCUCUUUGUGUGGCCGUCUCAGAAUCCUUCAGUUCAACAUUUUGAACAAUUUUAACGAAUUACGCAGCGUUACGACGUUUUAAACUAUUGAAAUUUCCAUUUGGAGAUUGUCUACAGCGCUCGGUUGCCCUUUUCUCUGGUUAUAUCUCUCCUAAGACAAAGGACGAUGGAUUUUCGACUAAGAGGUCCGCUAAUGAAAAGGUACGUUGUCUCCAUCGUAUUGUCUGUUUUCUUAAGUACAGCAUCGGCUGUUACCCAUUAUUCUAUUCCUGAGGAAAUGGAGGCAGGUACCGUGGUAGCUAAUUUAGCAACGGAUCUUGGACUCGAUGUUAAAACUUUGAGCAAACGCAAGAUACGACUGGACACUUUGUCUAAUAAAAAAUAUUUGGAUAUUAACAAAGAAACAGGCGAGUUGUUAAUCUUGGAGAGGAUUGAUCGAGAACAUAUUUGCACCACUAAAUCAGCAGCAACGUGCACUUUGAAGCUUGAUGCAACCAUAGAAGAUCCAGUAAGGAUGUUUAACAUUGAGCUGGAAAUUAUUGAUAUCAACGACAAUGCUCCCCAUUUCAGAAGAGACACAAUGCAUUUAGACAUUUCUGAAUCAACGCCUGUUGGAGAGCGAUUUUCAUUAAAUAAUGCAGUCGAUCCUGACAUCGGAGUAAACUCAAUUAAAACGUAUUAUCUUAGUGACAGUGAUCACUUUUCCAUCGAAAUCCAAACCGGACGCGAUGGAUCGAAAUUUACAGAUUUAAUAUUGAAAAAAGCUUUAGAUAGGGAGGAAGUGGCAGUUCAUAAUCUGAUCCUCACUGCUGUAGAUGGUGGAGUUCCUGCGCGCUCUGGCACAGCCAGCAUCAUCGUGCGCGUUCUCGACACGAACGACAACGCCCCUCAGUUUGAUAAAGACAGUUACACAAUAAACAUAACGGAAAACUCUCCGAUUGGAAGUCUUGUAGUGAAAUUAAAUGCAACCGACGCCGAUGACGGAUCUAAUUCCGACCUCACCUACUCAUACAGUUUAUAUACAACAGAGAAAACGCAGCAAACUUUCAGUUUAAAUCCAGACACUGGGGAAAUUAGAGUUAAAGAAAUGAUUAAUUACGAGGAUUUCAGGAUUUAUGACAUGGAAAUUGUGGCAACAGAUAAAGGAACAAAUUCUUUAUCUGGGAAUUGUAAAAUCAGAAUUUUAAUAGCGGAUAUGAAUGACAAUCAUCCAGAAAUAUCCAUCAGAUCAUUCACGAGCCCCGUCAAAGAGGAUGUAGCUGUAGGUACAGUUAUUGCAGUGGUUAGUGUAAGUGAUAAAGAUUCGGGAGAAAAUGGUCAGAUUGACGUUGAUAUUUCUGAAAAACUACCCUUUAAUCUAAAAGAAUCAUCUGAUAAUUUUUACCAGCUCGUAGUUUCAGAACCGUUGGACCGUGAAAAGGUUGCAGAAUAUGACAUCACAUUUACCGUUACUGACAGAGGAAAUCCUCCAUUAACUGAUAAUGAAACUGUAACUCUAGAGCUGCUGGACGUUAAUGACAACGCCCCCCAGUUUCCUCGGUCAUUUUAUACCUUGCAGGUUAUGGAAAAUAAUCCACCUGGAGCUUUACUGAGCUCCCUCACCGCACGCGACCCAGAUCUCCAUGAAAAUCAGUAUCUCGUUUAUUUCAUAAUAGAAAAGGAAAUAGCUAACACCUCCAUGUCCAUGCUCUUCUCCAUUAAUCCAGAGAACGGUAACCUUUACGCACUAAAGACAUUUGAUUAUGAGAUAGAGAAAGAGUUUCUUUACCACGUGGAGGCCAGAGACUCUGGUGUUCCUCCACUCAGCAGUAACGUUACGGUUCACAUUAUUAUCAUGGACCAGAAUGACAACACACCGGUUAUAGUGUCUCCAUGGCGCGCGCACGGCUCAGUGGUGGAGGAGAAAAUACCGAGAUCCACUGAUAAAGGAACUCUGAUAGCCAAAGUAAUUGCUAUAGACACAGACUCUGUUCACAACUCCAGGAUUACUUACCAAUUUCUCCAGAACACUGACGCUACAUUAUUCAGUCUGGACCAGUACAAUGGAGAGAUCCGGACCACGAGAAUGUUCAGUUACAGAGACUCGCGCUACCAGCGGCUGGUGGUGAUCGCCAAGGAUAACGGAGAUCCCUCUCUCUCUGCUACAGUCACCAUCAAACUGUCCACGGUGGAGACCGCGCUUAAAAGCUAUGCUGACAUGACUGAAGUGCCUUUAGAAUAUGACAUCUUUUCAGAUUUAAACCUGUAUCUUGUGAUCGGACUGGGCUCAGUGUCAUUCCUGUUACUCAUCACCAUAUUGGUGACCAUCGUGCUGAAGUGUCAGAAACCGAAGCCCAGUAAAGCUGCUCCUCCCUGUAGGAACAGUGUGAUCAGUGAGAGGAACUCUACCAUCGCAGAUUCCACUCUGGUGUCCAACGAUGCCUACUGGUACAGUUUAUUUCUAGCAGAGACCAGAAAAGGAAAGCUGGUAGUUAGACAACCUGUGCCAAAGGGGACGAGAUACAUUGUGUCCAGUAUACCGAGGAGCACAGGCCUGACUGAGACUAGUGACUCAGCUGCAUCUACUUUACAGGUAAGACAAAGUCGACACUCUUUCAAGAAAAUAAUCGCCACUUCUUAACUUCACAUUUCAC